AUGAAGACUACAAACCGCCCUGAUGAGUGGAAGAUCGAACAGGGUCUCUCCGGGGCUGUCCUGCCGGUCCUGGACAUGACCGGGCCAGAGACCGUAGCCAUCGACCCUCAAGUAUUUGGGGAACUUACCAAGGAUGAAGAGGCCAUCAAGGCUGUUGGUGAUCGCGAGAAACUUUUCACACGUGAACGUGAGGGCUGGGUUGGCUUUGUCGAGUGGGAGAAUUACCCGGACAAGAAAGCUGCAGCGCACAAACUCCUCACGGCCCAGACAUUCCCACCAAACCCUGAAUUUCAACUCGGUCCCAUCCCAGGCACCAACCCUGUCCUGCCAGGCACCCACUGGAAGAUGUGGCAUCAUGCCCUCGGUGGUGAACUCGACCCUAUACCCGACGACUCGUGGAAGAUUGUCCAGGAAGAGAAACACCCUGACAUGCUCCAUCUUCUUCAAUUCCCAUACAACGGUGAACCGCCCAAGCGUCUGGUCACAGAUAAGGAGUUCACCCCCAAUCCACUCCAUUUUGUGAGAAACCAUGGAGGAAUUCCAAUUAUCAACAAAGACGACUUUGGCUUCCUCAUGGACGGCCUCGUCGCCAAUCCAAAGUCUUUCACCUUGGAUGAUCUCAUGGACGAGUCCAAGUUCCCCCGCAUGUCAAAGAACGUGACCAUUCAAUGCUCUGGAACGCGUCGCAUUGAGCAGAUUCUCAAGUAUCCAGGCCAAGGUGAUGAAGUACCUCAGGCACCUUGGGCAGAAGGCGCCAUUGGAACCGCAAACUAUGUCGGCAUCAGCCUCAAGAAGGUCAUCAAAGCCUGCGGUGGCUUGAUCGAUGGUGCUAAGCAUCUGGAGUUCUAUGGAGCUGAUACUUACUUUAAAGACGACAAGGCCAUGAAUUACCUCGUCAGUGUCCCCUGGUCCAAGGUCAAGGCCAACGAGGUGAUGCUGGCCUGGGAGAUGAACGGUGAAGUCCUUCCCAAGAUCCACGGAUACCCUCUCCGAAUUGUCGUAUUCGGCUACAUCGGAGCCAGAAGCGUGAAGUGGCUGUACCGUAUCAAGGCCAUCAAAGGGCCCUCGCGAGCUCCAGUCCAGAGUCAGGAAUACCUGUAUUUCUCACAGCAGGUCGGCAAGCACAACUUCAAACUCACCGACGGUAUUCAGAUCCAGGAGAUGCCUGUCAGCUCAGCCAUCAUGUCACCAUGGACAAAGCAGGUGGUUAUCCAUAAUGGGAAGAUCCGCUGCAAGGGCUGGGCCUAUUCCGGCGGCGGUCGAUGGCCUGAACGUGUUGAACUUUCAUCUGACGGUGGCUUCAACUGGUAUGCAGUUCCUCUCGAGAAGAUGUCCAAGAAACGUAAAUGGACUUGGCGCGUGUGGGAGUUUGAACUCCCAUGUGAUGUCGAGGGCUGGAUUGAGAUUGUCUGUCGCUGCUGGGACAAUUCCCUCAACACGCAGCCGCCUGAUGUUCGCACGGCCUGGAACUGGGGACUGCAUGUUACCAGCUCGUGCCAUCGAGUGUCUGUGUAUAGUGUUAACAAAACCAGGGAAAGGACUCAAGCUCGACUGGGAGAGUUUGAGAAGCAGGGCAUUCCGUUCGCUCCUAUCACUGUACCUCUUGCGUUUCCAUCUCAGAGCUGGGAUGAGUACGAUCAGUUCUGGAAAGAGCAUGAUCCACGUGAUGCUUAUGAUGAAUAA